AUGAAUUUCUCGAAUUUUUGGGAUCCUGACUCGGCGCUGUCUACUUUGUCGACCCCGAGCCAGACGAUGCAGACACAAAAUAUAUCCGGGAAUAAUAAUCUUGAUUGCAGCUUCCAGCUUGACCUUCUUUUUUGGGUCGUGAACGGUAUCAUCGGAGCGGCCAUCUUACUUGGAAAUACUUUCACGUGUGUUGUAUUCCUGUCCAGAUCUCAUUUAAGACAGAAUUACAUGAAUAUCUACCUCAUAAGUUUGGCUGUCGCUGACAUUUUAAUGGGGCUUCUAGUCGUGCCUGGAUUUGCUGCCUUUUGCAGCGGCUGCACUUACAAGUGGAGCGAAUAUUGUUGGUUAUUUGGAGGUGCUAGAGAUAUCGCUUUUCCAGCGACAGUCCUAAACCUUUUGGCCAUUACUUACGAUAGAUACUUGGCUGUUCUACGACCUCUGCAAUACGCAUCGACAAUGACGAAACGCAAAGUCUUCUCCGUUCUUGUCGCCGUUUGGGUAACACCUCUUAUUGUUUCGUCUGUAAGGAGCAUUUGGCAGCAUUCAUGGGAAUCACAAGCCGUUAAAAGUGCUGAGUUGGUUUAUAAUGCAAUCCUUUCCACCGUGUUUGGGUUCUCGCCGGUUCCUAUUUUGCUCAUCGUUAACCUAAAGAUUAUGAGAACCAUCAAGAGUCAUGGAAAGCGAAUCCAUGUAGACAUGAUUGAGGGUACGUCGCUCCCUCACACCGACCCUGCGCCAACUUCGGGGCUUAACCAAGAAUUUACAAGUAACAUAACUAUCAUUGAGCAAAAUCGGAGGAACGCAUAUCGCCGAAAAAAGGGAACAAUGUCGUGUGUUUUAGUUGUUUUAAUAUUCAUUAUUUCGUGGCUUCCAAGGCAGUUCCUAAAUAUAUGCAUCCUUUUUGGUCGAAGACAUUUAACGAGUCCUUUACUUGUGAAACUAUCAUUGUUUUUUCUUUUCUUUCAAUCUUCAGUGAAUCCUGCGAUAUAUUCUUUCUAUAGAAACGACUUCCGCCAAGCGGCCCGUCGGCUGAUAAAAAGGCAGCGUUGA